UGUGGGUGUCGCACUGUCUCCUCAAAUACGGACCAGACUAGCGGGGCCAGCGCAAACGGCGACGUGUAGCCUGCCUGCCAGCAAGCUUCAUACACAAACACUAACAGAGUCCCAGCAAGAUACUUUGAUGAAGUUGAGUAAAUUUAAGAAAGGAAGCAAAAUUUCCUCAUAGAUUUACCCGGUGCGUAAGCCGGGUAUUGUUCCCGGACAAUUAGCGUUACCGAAUCUUGAUUUAACACCACGGAGGGAUUGGUAAUGGAGGAAUUCGCCAUGCUGAUUUCCAGCUCUGUGUGGAAAUGGUUUUAACAGGCACCAAGUGACCCAGGGAAUUGUUGAAACAGGAAGCGCACAUUUGGACUUGUUAAAAGCUUUCAUAAAUCUGAACUUCUUUGAAAACUGACAGAAGAGCAAGAGCUACUUUAUUUUUUGUUUUUUGAGGAAUAAAAACUACUUUCUUUCAAGCAUAUUUUUCUUUUUGCAAGGAUUUUGACGAACGAUACCACACUAUGCCGAGCUCUACAAUUAGGAGACAAAUGAAAAAUGUUGUGAAUAAUUACUCCGAGGCAGAAAAAAAGGUCAGGGAGGCGACUUCCAAUGACCCCUGGGGCCCGUCCAGCUCUCUGAUGUCAGAGAUUUCCGACCUCACGUACAAUGUGGUGGCCUUCUCUGAGAUCAUGAGCAUGAUCUGGAAGAGGCUGAACGACCAUGGCAAAAACUGGCGUCACGUGUACAAGGCACUCACGCUGUUGGACUACCUGAUCAAGACGGGCUCUGAGCGUGUGGCGCUGCAGUGCAGGGAGAACAUCUUCGCCAUCCAGACGCUCAAGGACUUCCAGUACAUUGACCGUGACGGCAAGGACCAGGGCAUCAAUGUGCGGGAGAAAUCCAAGCAGCUGGUGGUGCUGCUAAAGGAUGAUGACCGGCUCAAGGGUGAGCGCUCACAGGCGCUCAAAACUAAGGAACGAAUGGCCCAGGUGGCCACGAGUGUGGGCAGCAGCCACCAGAUGGGCUUCGGCCGCGGUUCAAGCCAGCCCAACCUGUCCACCAGCUACUCAGAGGAGUAUGGCCGCUCAGAGGGCUCACCAGCAUCCUAUCAUGGGUCCACAUCACCCAAUGCAUCAUCAGAACUGGAGCAGGCCCGCCCACAGACCAGUGGAGAGGAGGAGCUACAGCUGCAGCUGGCGCUGGCAAUGAGCAGGGAAGCAGCAGAGCAGGAGGAGAGGAUGCGCCGUGGUGAUGACCUGCGGCUCCAGAUGGCCUUGGAAGAAAGUCGUAAGGACUCUAGCACAACAAAAAUGCCCCAAAAGAAAAAGCAGCCUCCACAGUCAUCUCUGAUGGAUCUGAUGGACGCAGUCCCUGACCGCCCAGUUGACCCAUGGGGGGCGGGGGCAGGGGCAGCAGCCGCCCCUGCUUCGGAUCCCUGGCAGAGUUAUGGUGCUACUCCUAAGCCAACAGCGCCUGUGGAUCCCUGGGGGUUACCCACUGCAGGGGCUUCAGUCACUCCCAUAAAGAGCAGUGACCCCUGGGGGUCAAGCCCUGCCUCUGCAGCUGCUGAUCCCUGGGGCUCAGGGCCUGCCACACGCCCCAAAGCUUCUGGCCCAGGCUCUUUUGAUCUUUUUUCCACACCGAACGGUACCUCUAAGGAAGACCUCUCAGAGUUUGACAGUCUGCGUACUUCAUUGAUGACAGGAGAUGGCAAAGGAAGUUCAUCAUUGCCCUUGCAGACCAGCAAGUCUGCUAGCCCCGACCUUUUUGAUUUGCAUUCAAGUGCCACAACUAGAAAAACCCCUGAGUCUUUCCUGGGUCCCAAUGCUGCCCUGGUAAACCUAGACUCUCUGGUCACCAAGCCUCCUCAACCAACGCCUGCCUCCAAUCCUUUCCUUGCUGGAGGAGGGGCUCCUGCUCCUGCAGCUCAGGUCAACCCCUUCCAAGUUAACCAGCCACAGCCACCCACCCUCAACCAGAUGAGAGUGAGCCCCAUGAUGGGUGUGAGCAGCUCGGGCUUUGGCAGCCUGACCCCAAGAAGCAAUGACCCCAUGCCUCUGUCUUCUCUGCCACCUACUGGCUCUGUCGCUAUGGUGCCCGUGGGUGGAAUGGCACCCCUCGCCCCCAUAGGCCAGAUGAUGCCAAGUAUGGGUAUACCAGGCUCCAUGUCAAUGCCUCAGUCCCUCAUGAGUGGACCAUUGCAGCCUACAGGCACUGCAACCCAGGCUGGUGGCACCACUAACCCCUUCCUUUUGUGAAGAACAAUAAAGGCUAUCAUUGCCUGGUCCCCAGCCCCAUCUCUCCUGUGAUAUAGACAGCAUAGUCUGUUGUGAUUCCCAGACCGAUGUGCUAUUUUGAGAAUUUCUGGAGUAGCACUGGUGUUUACACUUUUUACAUUGGCAGCAGAUGCUCACUUCUGCCUGUUGGAGGUAGGUACCAUAGAAUGAAUGGUAUUUUAUUUUUCUAAAUUUCUUCAAAUGGACUGUCAGCGAUUGAUUACUGUGUUUCUAGGUGUGACUUCUCACCACUCUUAGUAAUGCAGGUGCUUUCCAAAAGACAGCCUCGCAUUCAAAGAGGUCCCGGUUUUUAACUUCUUUUGAUUGCAUAUUUUUCUUAUUGGAGGAGUAAUCUCUAGGGAUUCUGGUUUAUUUUUUUUGUUUUUCUAAUUUUAGUCUUUUAAAGCUGUAUAAUUGCUAAAGCUAACCCUUUUUAAUCAAAGCAGCCUACAUGUUCUACGCAGUGCAUAUACACUAUGUGUAUUUACAGUACGCAUAAGUAGACACAGUUUAGAGGACACUAUCAGUUUACAUGGUAAUGAUUUUGAUGUUCUAAGCAGGGAUUUUGCACAUGCUCUGAUUUUUCUUUUUUCUUUUCUUUUGACUGUUGGCUCACCAUUAUUCCUUAGCUUGACAAACAAUGAUCGGCUGUUUGUAAAAGACAUGAACUAUGUACCAGGGUGUAAAAAAGGAAAAGACAAGAAAAAGAAAGGGGGGAAAAAAUCCCACGUGGCACACAGUUUGGAAAUGCUAAUGUUUUGGAGGCAUUGUCACAGUAGCAUGUUACAGUGAUUCCAAAUCUGAUGUAUAGAAAGAUGAACUUCAUACUGAAGUUGAGAUGUGGGUUGUUUUUAUCCGUUUUUUAAUGCAUGAUGGUGAAUGUUACCAUAUCUUAUUAUGGUUACUUUUAAACAGAAGCCUGUUUUGUUACUUUUUCAUAUCCUUAGAGAUCGUCAGUUGGUUGAAUGGGUUGUUUUGGUUCAGUACUGUGUAGUACUGUUGUAAAGCUCACUCUUUGCACAGUUUCUCAUCCUAUCCUUAUGGUGACAGCUAUUCAAUACAAAUGUAAUUAGUCUUCAGCUGACUAGCUUUUUUGAGUUACUCUGCAGUGAGUACCCAACAGUCUGCAUUGUUUUCUGUUUCAUAAUUUUUUUAAUUUAUAUUUCUGGAAAAUCUAUUUGAACAAAGGGAACUGGGAAGACGGGGGUAAACUAUUUUCAUCAGGUUCAAAUGCAUCUUGCUGUUAGCUGAUAUAACCAGUCAUUGCUGCGUUAUACCAUCAGUUCAUAUACACUUUAAAAAAUAAAGCAUUUUAUCAGUGCUUGCCAUUUCAAAAACACGUGUGACAAAUGUUCAGAUAAUAGUGUUAGGAUGAGUUGGAACAUUUUAAACAUUACAUAUGAUAUGACCGGGGGGGGGGGGGUUCUUGAGUAGGCAUAGGGCAUUAUUUUCGCUUUUUUUUUUUCCUUUAUUGAGCUGUGGUCUUGAAAUACAUUUGAAGGUCGUCAUCUAUAAAAGUGAUGGAAGGGGAUUUACAGUGUAAACUACCCCAAAUGCUCAGAAUCUCAACCCUCUAAUCCCUUAGCUCAUAACUGGCCCUGAUUUUAUGUCCAAAGUUUGAUAUGUAAACUUUAAAUGAAAUAUUAACAAUCUACUUUUGAGUCAGAUAUUGAUGCAUUUUUAUGUAUACUUUGACAUUAUAGAUAAUUGGCUUGGUAAAUGAAAAUACAGAAGUCUAAUAAUUUCCAGACUUCUAUAUAAUUUUUAAAUAUUGUUUUCAUCCAGUGGCAGUAGUACCAGCCCACAAGCACAAGAAUUCAGUCUUUUGCCCAAAAGUAGUUACCAAAGUCAGUGCUUGUGAUCUAUCUGCUGUUGCAGUUUUGUAGAUAUACUUUUUAAUUAUUGGCCCAACCCUUGCUGUUCCUGGUUUGGAUCAUCUCUGAUGUAUAUAAAAACACUUUUGAACUGUCCAUUUUAUGUGACAUCUGCUGGAAAUGCUGUGGUAGCACUGCCUCAGUGCAGCUGUGUAGCAGAGCCUGGGUGUACUCAGUCAUCAAUCCACAACCAUACUCAGGCUUCCAGGGAAGGACAGCUUUAAACUAUAUGGAGUGCCCUUGUGAUGGACACUAUGGCUAAAGCAGACCCAGAUUCUGCAAAAUCAUACUCCUUGCUGAUGAGCAUCACAAACAAUUGGUUAUCAAAAUGGAAAUCUUUUGUUAAAAGUUAUGCAAACUAGUUUUGCCAUGUUUUUGCUUUUACUGACACACAAUAUCGAGCUCAGUUUGUCCUGUCAUUUUGCUGUUUGUGUAUUGUUUUCUGUUUCCAUAUACUCAUUAUGCAUUUAUUGUGGAGGACUAACUUUGUGAACAUGCAUAAACACCCUUAUUUGUUUCAUGUUGUCUGUAUAUUUACUGUCUCAAACUGUCUCAUAUUACUGGGAGCAGGCUGCUUUUUAUGGAUGUGCUCAACUUGUUGGCAUUAUAACUGUAUAAUAUAAUUUAUCAUUUGUUCUAUUGUAACAUGUUCUGUACCUUAUUUCUGUAAUGGUUUUGUAGGAAAUUUCACAUGAGCUGUGAUGUUUCAAUGCUGUCUAAAUCACAGCAAGUGCUAAAGGACCUGUAGCUGCAAUGGAAUAAUAAACUGCAUCACUGACAUUUGA